AUGGCAAAGCUAGCCCUGAUGAUGGAGGAGAAGCAGAAGAAGAGAAGCAGUGAACUAGUUCUGGAAAUAAACUUAGUGUCUGCUCAAGGUCUGAAGGUUGAUGAUGAUUUGUCUAACACAUUGAGGACAAGAAUGGACUGUCUUGGAGAUGAAAACCCUACUUGGAACGACAAGUUCCUCUUUAGACUUUCGUCCGAGUUCGUCAACAGCGCCACUGCAGCUUUCAACGUCGAGAUUUACACCGUCAGGCGUCACUUUUUGAAGGAUUCCUUGGUCGGCACCGCCAGAUGCCUUCUCAGUAACCUUUUGGGAAAGAUGAUCACCCCGGUUUACAUUCACGGUCCUUCCGGAAACUUCCACGGAAUCUUGAACGUUUCAGCUUCACACUUUAUGAUGAGGAAAUCAUUGUUGGUGUGGAUUCGGCUGGUUAGAUCGUCGCCGUCAUUGUCAACCUUGUUGUCAGCGCAAACAACUCCGUUGAAUGAAUCAAAGGAAGAAGUUGCAAAGAUGAGGAAAGUAAAAUCAGAUUCGUCGAUGCUAUCUUUAAAGAGUGAUCAUUGGCCCACGAUGUUGAGGACUUUGUCAUCCUUUUCCACUCUGCCGGACGACGAGCUCUGA